AGGCCUGCAGCACCUGAUCAAAGCGUACAGACAGAGCUUCAAGUCAUUAGCCAUAUCGAUGUCAGCUCACCAGCUUUAUUGACACCUGUUCUAAGAAGUCAGGAAAAGAUGGUUGGCUGUUGGUUUUUCACCUCUGGGCCAGUGUCUCUCAGUGCCAAAAUUGAGAGGAAGGGAUACUGUAAUGGGGAAGCUAUACCAAUCUAUGCAGAAAUUGAGAACUGCUCUUCUCGUUUGAUUGUUCCAAAAGCUGCCAUUUUCCAAACACAAACUUACCUGGCCAGUGGGAAGACAAAAACUUUCCGUCAGAUGGUUGCCAAUGUCCGAGGAAACCAUAUUGCCUCUGGGAGUACAGAUACCUGGAAUGGGAAAACUCUGAAAAUCCCACCUGUAUCCCCCUCUAUACUUGACUGCUGUAUUAUUAGAGUAGAAUAUUCAUUAGCUGUGUAUAUCCAUAUUCCUGGUGCUAAGAAAUUGAUGAUUGAAAUGCCUCUGGUGAUUGGCACUAUUCCAUGUAUUGGAUUUUCAAGCAGAAACUCUAGCAUUACCAGCCAGUUCAGCAUGGAUAUGAGUUGGCUGGCAUUGACCAUGCCAGAACACCCUGAAGCACCACCAAAUUAUGCUGAUGUAGUGUCUGAGGAAGAGUUCUCCAGACAUGUUCCUGCUUAUCCACCACCAAUUGACUGUGAGGAACAAUUGUGUUGUCCUGUCUUUGCUUACAUACAAGAGUUCCGGUUUCAGCCUCCACCUCUUUAUUCAGAGAUUGAUCCACAUCCAACUGAUGUAGAAGAAAUUCAGCCUGUUUCAUUCAUGCUCUGAAGAGGAUUCGUGAUGAGCAUCAUUGUGAUGAAUGUCUUAAUCUUUCUGCUGCUUAAGCUGAUAGUGCAGCUAAAAAGGAGACAGUUUUCUUUGUCAAAACUUAAGUUUGUGUACAAGAAAGGCAAAGGAAAACGGAGAGGGAGGUAUGAGCAUGUUUGGUGAUGGAAGAGAAUCUGCUGGAUUAGUCUGCACAGAGGAUACUGUGGGAGCAGCUGUGCUUGGGAUACUUGAGAAGUACCUGAAAAUGCGGAAUGCUUUCUAAAAAGUGGAUAUACUACAUGAAGUACGAGGAGGAGACGUAAGGAUCUUCUGAAGAGAAAAGAAUUUAUAUUUUGUUUGGAACACUCUGGAAGAAUUUAUGUAAUUAUGUUGAUGUUGAGAACUUCCGUAGUAGAACUUGCGUAGUAGAACAGAAUGUGGGGUAAGAAAACAUUUCCAAAAGAUUCCAGUGUUCAAGGGGCUUCAGUUUUGCACUGUCUGCAACCAAGAAAGGAACACUACUAAAAUGUGGAGUGAAGUCUUCACUCUAGCUUAACUUUGUAUUUUGUGAGAACCUGCCCUUCUAAUAACUGCCAAGUGGUACUAUUUCAUCAUUCAUAAUGAUUCUAAAGACAUCAUGGAUGACAGAAUAGCUAUUACGCAAUAUUAUGAAGGCAACCAUUUAAUGAAUGAAAGACACAAGUCAUUUAGAACAGUGGGAGUUUGUUGCUGCUAAGAGUGAAGGCAUGGCAUUUUACUUGGCCCUUCUGCUGCCUUCAUGUAAAGUAGAAUGUUUGCUUCCUGCCAGGCAUCAAUUGGAAUAAGUAAGCCGCCAUCAACAGAUCACUUAAAGGAGCAGAAACAGAGCAUUCUCACAUUUACAGUGGAGUCUUUAAACUACAGGGGUUUGUGAACUACUAGAACUACUCCGUAUGUCUUACAGAAGGGUUUGGGGUUAAAACCCGGUGCUUCAUGUGGUAAAACGUACUUUCGGAUCGCUACCAGAGGAGUAAUUGAGUUUCCUUCAUUUCAUCCAUAACUGCAGUUUAAAAAAGUUUAAUGGCUUUUUUUAUGAAAUCUCUCUUCAAUUAAGAAGCAGGGAUUUUUCUACAGGCAUACACGGAUAUAUAUUUUUAGUCUUAGUAUGACUUCCUCACAUUGUCUAAUUUGUAGCACUUCACCUCAAGUCACUUCAACAUCAGUGUAACAGACAUACUGAUUCAGACUCAUGUUUCCAAACCGCAGUUAUUUUUUUCAUUUGCAACUUUAAGUAUUGUUUUCUAUAGCAAAUGCAGCUUUAACCAAAAUUGGAGUGCAUGUUUCGGAAAGGACAUUCUAAAAAUUAGCAUUUACCUUAAGUCUCAAGAUGUAGCUCUCAUGCCUUUUUAUUUAAGUGAUGGUGUGCCCAUACAAUCAAUGCAGGAUUUUCAUUCACAUCACCUGGAAAGGGAACAAGAAUAUUUUCCUUAAACUGCUACCAUUAUAGUUACUUGAAAAGUAACAUGGCUGUGUAUUAACUUGCAUGUUAAUAAUUUGAAAUACUAUCUUAAAGAACAUUAGGUGCUUUUUUGGACUGUAAUACCCGAUAGGUGAUGCGUGCUACCUGGUAUAAACAUAGUCAAGCAAACAAGAGCAUGAAGGGUAAAGAUGUGCUUUUUUGG